CACUCUCUCCCGCGGUCGGUACCCGGGUGCCGCCCUAGCUUAUUCCCUCGCCGUCUCGCAGUUUGCCUUGUUCUUAAUCUCCCGUCCGUCCACGGACAUAUCCAACGACAUGAAGGGUGGCAUUUUUGGCUUGUGUGGAGCGCUCCUGUUCGUGCAGGAUGCGAUUGCUCAGCAGCUCGGUUCUACCCCCCCAGGAUGGGUGUUACGGCGACAAGGCGACUCGGGCUAUGAGUGCAAAUGCUAUCCUGAUGACGACUGCUGGCCUAACAAGGGCCAAUGGGAAAAGCUCAACAACACGGUGGGCGGGAACCUUCAGGUCAACAUCCCCCCUGGAGCGCCGUGCUACAACACGUUCAAGGGACCUCUGGGUGACGUGGAGACGUACGAUGAAGCCGAAUGCGAGAAGGUGACCUCUAACUGGGCGGAUGAGCAAUUUCAGAUUGAACUGCCCGCCGCCGGUCUCUGGACAUACUUCACAAAUGACACAUGUCGCCCGACAACAACACCCACCGAUACCUGUACUCUGGGGUACUACCCGGUGCUCGUGAUCAUGGCCAAGACGGAUGCCCAUAUUCAGGCCGGAAUCAACUUUGCCCGGGAGAACAACCUGCGCCUAAUCAUCCGCAACACCGGCCACGACUUCCUUGGACGCAGUGUUGGCUGGGGUUCCCUCGUUAUCAACACCCACAGUUUCCAGGAUAUCAAAUUCUCCGAUACGUGGAGCGGAGGCUGCGGCUACAACGGUUCGGCUGUGACCGUUGGUGCUGGUGUCCAAGCCUUCCAGGUUCUGGAGCAGGCUAAUGCUAUGAACCCUCCCAAGAUCAUGGUGACCGGAGAGUGCGCCACAGUUGGCGUUGCCGGCGGUCUCGUUCAAGGCGGCGGUCACGGCCCGCUAACCAACUUCCACGGCUUCCUCGCCGAUACGGCGCUCGAGUUCAAAGUCAUCACCGCGGACGGCGCCCUGAAGACAGCCAACGCCAAAAAGAACCCCGACCUCUUCUGGGGCCUGCGCGGCGGCGGCCCGGGCGCGUUCGCCGUCAUCCUCGAGGCAACCUACAAGACCUUCGACGACCCGCCGAGCGCGGGCAUCAACCUCGACAUCGACCGCACCCACACGACCAACGCGACGCUCUUCUGGGAGGCCGUGCGCAUCUUCCACGGCUACAGCACCUACUUCGUCGACAACGACCUGUACGUCUACUACGAGCUGGGCACCGCCGGCCAGAACCUGCACGUGCACCCCUUCGUGGGCGUCGGCAAGACGCUCGCCGAGCUGCGGGCCGUGGUACAACCCAUGUUCGACGACCUGGACGCGAUCGGCAUCGAGUACACGACCAGCGGCGCCGAAGACUUCGCCACCUUCUACGACCUCUACCAGACCAUGUUCGAGGGCGAGGCCGCGGGCAACUCGGCGCUGACGGGCGGGUGGACCCUCGGGCGCCAGGACGUCGAGGACAACCAUCCGGGUAUCAUCUCCGCGUUCCAGACCGUCCUCGCCGCGGGCUCCUUCAUGAUCGGUCACAUGUGGAGCGCCGGCCGCGGCGUGCCCGAGUCGCAGUGGGCCAGCAGCUCCGUCAACCCGCGCUUCCGUAAUGUUGUGGACAAGAUCAUCACGCUCGUUCCAGUUGCCGGGAACGCGCCGCUUGCGGAGAAGGCGGCCGCUCAGGAUAAGUUGACGAACGUGGUUGAUGCUGCGCUGCGGGAGGCCGCGCCCAAUGGGUGCGCUUAUGUCAAUGAGGCCGAUCCCUACGAGCCGAACUGGCAGGAGGCUUUCUGGGGCGACAACUACCCCAGGCUGUUUGAGCUCAGAAAGAAGUAUGAUCCCGAGGGGGUCUUUUAUGCUGUAUCAACACCGGGCACCGAGGACUGGGAGCAGAUUGAAACUGGCACACGUCUCUGCCGCAAGGUUUGAGUGCGUGGGAAGCCGAGAAACAGCCACAUAUACAUGCCAACGGAAGAUACUCAACAUUGUACAGCGUAGUAGCGUUGCCUUGCAGUAGUUGCCUACUUUGCAUCAACUUG